AAUAUGCCGUCAUAUGUGAAGUUUUUCAAGGAUUUGGUCACCAAGAAGAGGAAGUUCGACGAUGGGGAGAAAGUAGUGGUUUAUGAGGCGGCAAGUGCUAUGCAGCAUGACUUACCUAAGAAGGAACGAGAUCCUGGGGGCUUCGUGAUUAAAAUAGCUCUAGGGAAUGGGAAGGAAGCCUCGGGGAUGCUAGACCUCGGAGCGGGAAUCAACCUUAUGCCGUUCUCGAUCUUUCAGCGAUUGGGUCUUGCUGACUUAAGACCAACCCGUAUGUGCCUCCAACUGGCGGACCGUUCGAUCAGAUACCCCAAUGGAGUAGUUGAGGAUGUCCUUGUUCGUGUCGGGAAGCUAAUUAUCCCGGUAUACUUUGUCAUUUUGUAUGUGGGGGAUGUACAUGAGAACGGGAAAGACCACACUAUCCUUCUCGGCAGACCGUUUAUGGCGACUAACAACACCCUCAUUGACGUGAAGAAUGGAACCUUGAACAUGACGGUCCUGGGGGAGUCCGUGUCAAUCUCUGUCCGAGAGGCCACAUCUGGCCCUUCGGCGAACUACGUGGAGGAUUGUUCGUUCAUUGAUGUGA